UCAAAAAGCUAUAUCAUUGUGCUUCUUCCUCUCAACAAAGAAAAACCAAUUCCAAUGACACAAUGGCACACUAUGCAAACCAUCUUUCAAACCUUUGCUAGCAUAACAAAUAUCAAGAUUUUUUGUGUCUUCCAUUGGGUUUUGAUCGAAAUAAAAGUGUAACAAAAUUGCUGAAACUUGCCUUUGAUGUUCAAGAUGGAAAACACAACAUCAAAGCAUGAGGUCCUAAAGCCAGUGAUCCUCAAAGCUGGUGUUCCUUUGGCUGUGUCUUUCGCUGGUUGCAUUUAUGCUUGGUUCGUGGCAAAGAAAAGCCUCUCUAAAGCCUCUUCUAUAUCCAGUUCCCAACAUGAGUCUAAAUAUGAAGAGAGUUGUGAUAGUCAUAGUCAUAGCCUCUCUUCUUGUAUGGAAGAUGAAGGACAUAGUGUUGUUGCUGAAAGCUCUAUGAUCCAUGACACCCCUUGUUUAAAAGAGGAGAUUAAUGGCUUAAGAAGCAGGAUUGAAGGUAUGCAAAUGAAAGAGUUGGCCUUGAGAUUGCAGUUUGAUCGUUAUUGUGAUUUGAAAGAACAAGAAAGUGUGGUUGGGGAGAUCAAAAACAUGUUGUCACUAGAGACUGCUCGUGUUGACUUAUUGGAUAGGGAGAUUUCAUCGAUGGAGACACAGAAUAGGAGGUUGGAGAGUUUUGUUGUUCAAUAUCUCAGAGUUGUGGAACAGAUUGAGAUGUGCAAAUCUGAGAAUAGAAUGCUUCGGAGGAAGUUUGAGAAGUUAGUGAGGAAAUCAAAGGCUCAAACUCGCUUGGCACAGGAACAGGCUCUGAAGAUCAAAGUGGAAGAGGCAGAAAUCUUGAGAAGCCGUGAUGAUUUGGAAACAAAAAUUAAUGUGAUAGGUAAACUUGAGGAAAAAAUGGAAGAGCUGCAAAGGACUUUGGAUCAAUUGCAGGUUGAGAAGAAUGAACUUCUGAAGAAGCUUGACAUUGCAGAAAAAUCAUAUGCUUCUAAGAUUGAAGCUGGAGAUGUGAGUAGGGAAGAGUACAAACAGCUUCUGGAUGAAUUGGAGAAGGUCAAGAAGGAACGAGCAGAUGAAGCUAAAGAACUCAUUUACUUGAGGUGGACCAAUGCUUGUUUGAGGCAUGAUCUAAUGAGGCAUCAUGAACAGAAACAGAAUCAUGAUAUAACCCAUAUAGAAUUGGAAUUUGGAAGAAGUGAUGAAGUUAUCCAUUAUGACUCAGAACAUGAAUUGCACAAUUCCAUUUUGGAGGAACAUCAUAGUGAUCCUGCCUUUGAUGAGCAUCCUAGUGGCCAUGAUCAUAGUGACAGUGCUUGUUCAAAAAGGACAAAGUUGCUUGAAAGGCUAAAGAGGUGGGUGGAAGGCAGUGAAAAAGGGAGAGUUAGGCAUUCUGUUUCCAAAGGGUCAGCAGAGGAACAUCUAGUUCCUAGAAGGAGGUCUUGCUCUAGUGCUUGAGCCAAAUUACUAUUCUGUGUUAUUGCCACUUGUAAACAACAAACUUCUGAACUUGGCAUAGAAGCACAUUUGUUGCAAUGAAAUAUAGAUCCACCAAUAUUUGAUCUUCAA